CGGGGAUACAAUAUAAAACUUGCCAACACACUGCGGGGUCAAUCAGGCAACAAUUUAAUGAUUGAAGUUAUAAAUGCAUCCUUGAAUCUGUACGAUCUAAAACUCAACCUACAUCCAAACAUCAAAACCACCAUAUCAUCAUGUCUUCCAUCUGCGUCGGCGCCGUCCAGGCCGAACCAAUCUACCUCAACCUCCGCCGCGCGGUAAACAAAACCAUUGAUUUAAUCAAAGAAGCCUCAGAAAAGGGUGUUGAGGUUCUUGCCUUCCCUGAAGUAUGGGUUGGUGGUUAUCCGUGGCCGAUCUGGUCGCAAAGCCCGUUCGAGUCGUCCGAGUUUGCUGCCAAGUACAUUGCCGAGUCUUUGCCAAGGGAGUCGGUGGAGAUGAGGCGGAUUCAGAGGGCUUGUAAGGAGUUUUCGGUUUUCGUGGUGUUGGGGUAUAGUGAGAGGGAUGGGGGGAGUAUUUACAUGGCGCAGGCGUUCAUUAAUGCCGAGGGUGAAAUUGUGCAUAACCGUCGCAAAAUCAAGCCCACGCAUGUAGAGCGAGCGCUCUGGGGUGAAGGCCAGGCGGAUUCGCUGCAGUGCGUCGUUGAUUCUCCCGUCGGCAAGAUUGGAGCAUUGAACUGCUGGGAAAAUAUGCUGCCGCUCCUUCGGUAUUAUGAGUAUAGCCAGGGUGUGCAGAUCCAUGUUGCCGGGUGGCCGGCGUUCCCCGAGACACCGGAAGACGUGGAAUUCCCAUGGUCGUACAGUUCCACAGCCGAAGCAAAUUAUCGAGUCAGUCAGAUGGUGGCGAUGGAGGGGCAGACGUUUGUGUUGUGUUCAACGCAGAUUGUCAAAGAGGACUCGCAUGAGUUGUUGGGCUUGCAGGACAAGGGGUUCAUCAGUGGUAGCGGAGGUGGCUUUGCCAUGAUCUUCGGACCUAAUGGCCAGCCGCUGGCAGAGCGUGUGCCUGCGGACGAAGAAGGAAUUUUGACGGCAACUAUUGAUUUAUCGGCUAUUCAUCUGGCAAAGCACAUGAUUGAUACUGUGGGGCAUUAUUCGAGACCAGACCUGCUGGGUUUGAAGGUUAACAACGUGGCCGCAAAGAUGGUGCACGAAUGAGCUGUCAUACUUGGCUUACAAGCGUAGCGAAUGAGAACACUUACGACCCUUCAUGUAAAUUAUAUCCAUCGCUUGAAUUUUGCAAAGGUUAAAGAC